AGCGUUGUGACCCCGCCCCUCCAGGAAGUGUGUGAAGAUGUCGCCGUGCCGGGCGCUGUGCUCCGCGCUGGUGCUCAGUGGUUUGCUGUGCGCUCCGGUAAUGGGGGAGCCGGAGAUCCGGCGAUCAGCUGACCACAAACCUGUCCGCCUCUUCACCGAGGAUGACCUGGCCAAAUACAACGGGGAGCAGGAGGAUCAGCCGAUUUAUAUGGCAGUGAAGGGCACGGUGUUCGAUGUUUCAGCUGGAAAAGACUUCUAUGGGAAGGGAGCUUCAUACAACGCACUGGCAGGAAAAGACGCCAGUCGGGGUGUUGCCAAAAUGUCUCUUGAUCCAGAAGACCUCACCUAUGACACGACCGGCCUCACUGAGGAGCAGCUAAAGUCUUUGGAUGAUAUAUUUGAGAGCGUGUACAAGAAAAAGUACCCCAUUGUUGGCUACACCGCCAGACGGAUCCUGAACGAUGAUGGGAGCCCCAAUUCAAACUUUAAGCCUGAGGCUCAGCCACAUUUUGCGAUCAAAGAUGAAUUUUGAUGUAACGUUUUCAUUGGGCAAUCAGAUAACCUUAGAAAGAAAACUUAUGGGGAACUUUUGUUUCUCUUGUGAAGGUUUUUACAGCAAACCAUCUUUUCUAACCUUAAA